CGGUGAGGAGGGGCUGUGUCAGUCCGCGGGAGGCGGUGGCGGGAGCAGGAGGAGGGGCGCCGUCACUCGGAGACCGGAGACUGUAGAAGGCACAAACACUCCGAAACAGCCGAGCCCAGGGACGAGGUCAUUUUUCUUACAACCCCCCCCCCCCCCCCCCGACCUCUCUCUUUUCCCCAAACCUCCCCUCCUCCUCCAGCAAGAACAACAAAACCCCGCGGGGAGCUCCUGCGAGUGAAGGCCCGAGGCGGAGCAGCGAGCGUCGAGUGAAGGGGAGAGAGAGAGACAGAGGCCGAGAGGCGGCGGCGGCGGCUGGGAUGAAGUUCCAAUACAAGGAGGAGCAUCUGUUCGAGAAGCGGCGGUCCGAGGGCGAGAAGAUCCGCAAGAAAUACCCGGACCGGGUCCCGGUGAUCGUGGAGAAGGCACCAAAGGCCAGGAUAGGGGACCUUGACAAGAAGAAGUACCUUGUACCAUCUGACCUGACAGUUGGACAGUUCUACUUCCUGAUUCGAAAACGCAUUCACCUGAGAGCUGAGGAUGCCCUCUUCUUCUUUGUAAACAAUGUCAUUCCACCGACCAGUGCAACCAUGGGUCAGCUUUACCAGGAGCAUCACGAAGAGGACUUCUUUUUGUACAUCGCCUACAGUGAUGAGAGUGUCUACGGAAUCUAAUGUCUGCUUUGCUGCUGAUGGCUUCAGAGGCUUUGGUGUUCUCUGGCUCUGCACUUCCUGGUGUGUUCUAUAAAUGCUGAUCAUUUUUGUGUUUCUGUCAUAACCUGGAUAAAUGGAGAUGGGGGGUGGGGGGAAGGAAUUGUGGGUUGGGGGCGGGUUGGGGGCAGCAGGAGAUGAAGUAGUCCUUUUUAAAUGACCUGUUCUGAUGUGUCAGUUUCUGAGCUCUUACUGUUAUGGUUCCUGCAGUCCUGCUUCUGGCUGUUUUGAUUCCCUUUAAUUUUGCCGGGUUGAAGGGGGGGAGGGGGGUUGGUGGUUUGUGGGGGUUAAUUUUUCUCCCUGUAUUUUUCGUUCACCCUUAAUGUCAACUCAAAGCUGAUUGGAUGAGUCUUUCGCCAACUGUGCCGUAUAGCUGCCAAAGGACACACCUUAUGUACCGUGGAAGCUAAUAAUAAAACGCCAGUACACAGUG